GAAGCGAAGCGAUCGUCGCUUCGGUCGACGACGUCAUCGGCCACGCGCACGCAGAUCAUUUGUCAUGUGACCACGUCUUUUGCUUCCUGUCUAUUAACUGUGUGUAUUCUGAUGAGGAGUUUGUAUUUGAAGUUACAGAAUGCUUUGGAGAAUGCAGGAUAGUGGCUGCCGAUGUAGAAGGGCACCGUGCGAUGGCUGUACUGCCUCUGUCAUACUUCCUCUUCCAGCUGCUCGACACAUUAACAUCACGACCCACAUCCUCUCCUCGCCCGACCCGACCCGCACGCAGACUUUCUGGCUCCCCACAAAGUAAACAAACCCCACGCAAACAAACCAUCCGCAGCCCAGAAGACGCGACAAUGAGCUACGCGCGUCCGACGCCGCUGCACCAGCAGAUGCUCAACCCGCCUGCGCCGGCGCUGCCGCUGCAGAGCAUCCACCAUCUGCACCACCCCUUGCAGCCCCUUCUGCCACAUCAACAGCAUCAGCAGCAGCAUCAGCAGCAUCAGCAGCCACAACCACAGCUGCAGCAUCCUCAUCAGCAACCGCAGCCACAGCAGCAUCACCAGCAGCAACAACAGCAGCAACAGCAACAGCAACAGCAGCACAACAGAGUGCUCGCGCUGCCGCUGCAGCACCAGCAGCAGCAGCCGUACCUCCCUCAGCAGACUCAACACCCUCAUCCCCUCCCCCACCAGCACCAGCAUCUCCUCCAUCCGGAACCAAACGCCUCGCCCGCUCCUCUUUCUUCCUCCACCUCAGCCGCCGCUGCUUCUCUCACGCCCUCCUCCUCAUCGAAGAAGAAAACCCAGCAGUCAUGGGUCUGGAACUACUUCGUCAAGGUCCAGGGCCAAGACGGUAUAAUGUACGCAAUCUGCCAGCUCCCAUCCGCGACGCCAUCCAAGAAGUCGCGCAAGGACUCCACCGCCUCGACCGCAGCCGGCACCGCCGCUGCAUCCAACGUCGCCGCCUCCGCCAGCAAAAACGGACAAGCCCCGGGUUCUUCCGGCGCCUCCGUCUCCGCGAACGGAGCAUCUAAUCAGAACGCGGGCGGCAAGCUUGACGGCGACGACGGCGACGAGGACGAAGACGAAGACGAUGAUGACGACGUGGGGGUCGUGCAGAACCAGCGGCGCAGAGGACAGACUGAUUACAUGCGCGAAGUAGUCGGCGUGGACGCGCGUCAGACCGAUGCCGACGGCUCGACGGUGUGUCGCUGUAACGCGCAGUACAAGUAUAUCCAGGGCACCAAGAACCUCAUCCGACAUCUCAUUCGCACGCACUCGAUCUUCAAGACUACCGCACAUGAUGUCGCGGUCGCGAGUAUGACGGGUAAUCAGAACGGAGGUCUCGCCAACCAAGGCAUGAACAACGGCGGUAACAACAACAGCAACAAUUCGUCAUCUGCCGCCGCUGCCGCCGCCGCGGCCGCAGCAGCAGCAGCAGCAGCAGCGGCAUAUGGAGCGUAUGAUGAUCAGCGCGGGGCGAUUCCACAGGAUUCGCGGUUUGCGUGGAUGACCACGGCCGAUACGUUGGCGUCUGGCUCGUCGUUCAUGAACACUGCGCCCACCGCGACAUAUCUUAUGGAUCCAUCGCAGCAGCAACAUCAACAGCAGCAACAGCAGCAUAUGCAGCACCACCAGCACCUUCAACAGCAACAGCAGCAGUCGCAGCAGCAGCAAUCACCGGGUAUGGUCAACGCGACGACAAACAAGCUCAAGCACUGGACCGACGACGAACUGAUUGCGCUCCUACAAGCGCACCACGACGUGCGUACCGCACGCGGACCGGAAGCUGAGUUUCUUCCGCUCGAUGACCUUAUCGAGGAUACCUACGCCACCUUCUGCGCGCGCCAGGAACAACUCAUGCACCACCAGCAUCAGCAGCACUCUGCGCAGCAUCGCGACGCAGACGGCGCAGGCGGUGCUGGAGGCGCGGGGGGCGGGGGAAGCGGAGGCGAAGCGUAUGAGCCGAUAAUUCGGCGACCGGCGAAGGCGGUGUAUGAUAAGUUGUAUGGUCUCGUGAGCAGUUACAAGUUUGUGACGGAUUAUGAGGAGGAUCGGAUUAAUCGAGAGCGGAACGCGAUCGGGUCUGCGAUCCAGACUACGAAGAAGGCGUGGUGGGAUCUCACUCCGCACGAUCAUCGAAGGAUUUUAGGGAAGAAUCGAGAUACUAACUUGCGCCAGACAUGUCUGAGCAGGGCGGUAUACAACACCGUCGCGAUGCUGAUGCCACCGGCUUUACUCCGAAGAAACGGAACAAGACCAUCCCGUCGCGCAGACGAAUCCGGUAGCGACCUGUCAGACGGCGAAGUGUCUGGUCGUCGAAACUCUGGAAUGAUAAUGCCUUCACGCAAACGACAGCGACAAUCUACUAGCUCAUCUCAACCUCAACUACAAACACCACAGCAGCAGCAACAGCAGCAACAAGUGCAAAGACCGCGACGGAGGUCGCAGCAGAAUUUCAGGGGUCUGUCUGUUGCGUUGAAUGAGAGCGAUAACGACGAGCUUGAGGACGACGAUGGGAGAUUGGCGCCGGAUGAUGUUGCGGUCGGGGUUGAGGAUUUGCUUGGACAAGCGCCGCCUCCACCACCACCGUCUUCCUCCCCGCGCAGGAGUGCGCGGAAUACCAACAACAACAGCAACAGCAAUAAUAAUAGCAACAUUGGUGGAAUGCGGUCGAAUUUCGAGAGACAGAUGUUGAAUGAGCAGGCCGCGCAGACGGAUCUGUUGAGAACUAUACUGGAGCAGCAGAGUCGGAUGCUCUCUACGUUUGAGCAGACCUUGAGGAGGAUUGAUAAUCGAUGACGUGUCU